GGGUUCGAUUUUAUUUGUUUCGUUUCCGGCAAAAAUGUAAACAUAGAUUGCAUGUUCAGUUUGAUUUGUCUGCUGAACACUGUGUUACAAAUAUUGUAACAAAAAUGGUAACACUAGUGUGAAAUGGUGACAGAAAAAUUGUAACAAAAAUGGUAAUACUAGUGUGAAAUGGUGACAGAAAAGAAGAAGACAUCUGUUAUAGGCAAGACUUUACUUGCUGGAGGAAUAGCAGGAUGUUGUGCGAAGACUGUCGUAGCUCCUCUAGACAGAGUGAAAAUUCUGAUGCAGGGACACAACAAGUUCUAUAAAAAUACAGGAGUUUAUACAUCUUUGACAGGAGUGUAUAACAAGGAGGGGUUUUGGGGUCUCUAUAAAGGCAACUAUGUUCAGAUGGUGAGAGUGUUUCCCUAUGCUGCGAUACAGUUUAUGUCAUAUGAACAAUAUAGAGGGAUCUUGCAGACACUGACUCACCAUGACCAUCAUCAUUUGGUACACUUGUGCUCAGGAUCCUUGGCAGGUAUGACUGCCGUGUUAGCAACAUAUCCUCUUGAUGUGAUGAGGGCCAGGAUAGCAUUUCAGUUGAAAGGAGAACAAAUUUACUAUGGAGUGUUUGACACAGUUAGAACUAUAUCACAACAGGAGGGAAAGUGGGCAUUGUUUCGAGGCAUUGUUCCUACACUGCUGGGAAUGGUCCCUUACGGAGGAAUGUCAUUCUACACGUUUGAAACUACAAAAACAUUCCUCCUGGAUAACUUUCCUGAUAUUUUUGGAAGUCCAUGUCCAAAAAAUACAGGUGGACUGGUGCUUAUUUUACCUGCCAAACUUCUGUGUGGGAGUAUAGCUGGAGCAACAGCCCAGUCUAUUGUAUACCCACUAGAUGUUGUGAGAAGGAAGAUACAGUUAUCUACAAUGUUGUGUGAACCUCAUAAAUACACAGAUAAAUCUCUGUGGUCAAUUUUAAAGACAGUAUACUGUGAACAUGGUAUAAAGAAUGGACUAUAUCGUGGAAUUACUAUAAACUAUUUACGUGUAGUGCCAAUGACUGCCGUAUCGUUCUCUGUGUUUGAAACAAUGAAACAGUUACUGGGGCUCGAUACAGGUGUUUCCAGAUGAUACAGGCUUUUUCUAGUCAAUUCAUUCAUCCUAGGAUAGUUAUUGUACAUCAUCAUCAGAAAUUGAAUUCAUUGGAUAUGUUUUACAAACAAAUGUUUUGUAAAAGCUAGAGUAAUUAUGUUAUCAGUGCAUUUAUAGAUCCUCAGUUAUAUCCUGUCAGCACUGAUACACAACUUUAAUUACAACUCAUGUCUGCAGAAUAUAACAAGUAGAGUAUUUUGCUAAAGUUUACUGUUCUCUGCAGCUUAGGAAGUACCGUUGUUUGUUUUAAUAUUAUUUUUUUUUUACCAACUUGAAGAGAUAAACGUGAAAGCAAUGUCAGUAUUUUGAAUUUUUCAGUAUAGUUGACAGAGUUGUUUCAUCUCCGAUAUAUUGUUGUGCAGUUGAGAGAAUUUUCUGUCUACUUUAGUUUUCACUGAAUGGUUUCUAUGUUAUUGAAGGGCAACAUAUAGUAAUCAAACUGCCUGUCUAUUCAUUUUGCUUGAUAGGUGUUACCAUGUUUUAUGCAUGAUACUGAAAUAAAUUUAUAAUUCUAUUGAGGAGAAGUGCAGUGUACAAUCACCAUUUCUGUAGCAGCACCAAACUUGGUGUGUGUGUAAUUUUUAUCAAAACAAAGGUUGGGGUCAUUUUGAUCAAUGUUAAGGCCAUUCUUAUUAAUAAUAAAAUGUUUCUAAUCAUUAUCUUUAGUUUGUGUAGACCUAUUGUCACCAAACUUGGUGUGUAGAUAGACAAAGCUUUUCACUGAUAAGUGUACUUGAAUCCAAUGGAAUAUCUUCUGUGUGAAGUCUGUUGCAUGUUAUAUUUAGUAACAUUUAGUAGCUGUAAAAACAUUUUGUGCUCUUACAAUCCUUUGCUUGUUUGGUGCAUAACUUAAGAACUAUGAAGAGCUAGACUUCAAACUUGUAAUAAUGGUAUAGUACCGGUAAUAAUUUACAAUAAGGAUGAGUGCAUUGAGCACUAGUCAUAACUCUAGCACCAGUAAUACUGGAGAUUUUUUCCUUAUUAUGUCUCCCCCAGGAGACAUAUUGUUUUUGCCCUGUCCGUCCGUCCGUCCGUACGUCACACUUCAUUUCCGAGCAAUAACUGGAGAACCAUUUGACCUAGAACCUUCAAACUUCAUAGGGCUGCUGGAGUAGACGACCCCUAUUGUUUUUGGGGUCACUCCGUCAAAGGUCAAGGACACGGGCCUGAACAUUGAAAACCAUUUCCGAUCAAUAACUAGAGAACCACUUGACCCAGAUUGUUGAAACUUCAUAGGAUGAUUGGUCAUGAAGAGUAGAUGACCCCUAUUGAUUUUGGGGUCACACCGUCAAAGGUCAAGGUCACAGGGGCCUGAACAUUGAAAACCAUUUCCGAUCAAUAACUAGAGAACCACUUGACCCAGAAUGUUGAAACUUCAUAGGAUGAUUGAUCAUGAAGAGUAGAUGACCCCUAUUGAUUUUGGGGUCACUCCGUCAAAGGUCAAGGUCACAGGGGCCUGAACAUUGAAAACCAUUUCCGAUCAAUAACUAGAGAACCACUUGACCCAGAAUGUUGAAACUUCAUAGGAUGAUUGGUCAUGAAGAGUAGAUGACCCCUAUUGAUUUUGGGGUCACUCCGUCAAAGGUCAAGGUCACAGGGGCUUGAACAUUGAAAACCAUUUCCGAUCAAUAACUAGAGAACCACUUGACCCAGAAUGUUGAAACUUCAUAGGAUGAUUGGUCAUAAAGAGUAAUUGACCCCUAUUGAUUUUGGGGUCACUCCGUCAAAGGUCAAGGUCACAGGGGCCUGAACAUGGAAAACCAUUUCCGAUCAAUAACUUGAGUACCACUUGACCCAGAAUGUUGAAACUUCAUAGGAUGAUUGUACAUGCAAAGUAGAUGACCCCUAUCGAUUUUGGGGUCACUCCAUCAAAGGUCAAGGUCACAGGGGCCUGAACAUUGAAAACCAUUUCCGAUCAAUAACUUGAGAACCACUUGACCCAGAAUGUUGAAACUUAAUAGGAUGAUUGGUCAUGCAGAGUAGAUGACCCCUAACGAUUUUAGGGUCACUCUGUUAAAGGUCAAGGCCACAGGGGCCUGAACAUGGAAAACCAUUUCCAGUCAAUAACUAGAGAACCUCUCGACCCAGAAUGUUGAAACUUCAUAGGAUGAUUGUCAUGCAGAGUAAAUGACCCCUAUUGUUUUUGGGGUCACUCCGUUAAAGGUCAAGGUCACAGGGGCCUGAACAUUGAUAACCAGUUCCGAUCAGUAACUUGAGAACCACUUAACCCAGAAUGUUCAAACUUCAUAGGAUGAUUGAACAUGCAGAGUAGAUGACCCCUAUUGAUUUUGGGGUCAGUCUAUAAAAGGUCAAGGUCACAGUGGCCUGUACAUGUAAAAUCAUUUUUUGGAAAUAACUUGAGAACCACUUGACCUACAAUGUUGAAACUUAAUAGGAUGAUUGGACAUGCAGAAUAGAUGACCCCUAUUUAUUUUGAGGUCACUUAAUCAAAGGUCAAGGUCACAGGAGCCUGAACAGUGACUUGAGAACCACUAGGCCAAGAGUGUUGAAAUUUAGCGGGAUGACUGGACAUGCCAAGUAGAUGAUCCCUAUUGCAGCCAACCAUCAGUGUCUCUUUGACUUUCGCUCCUGACCCCUAUUGAGUUCUUGCCUAUAGGACUUUGCAUUGGGGGAGACAUGCGCUUUUUUACAAAAGCAUUUUCUAGUUCAUUUAUUUUCUCAGUUAUUAUAGAAAAUGAUAAUAAAUUGUCUUUGAGGUCAGUAGGUCAAAGGUCAAGGUCACAUUGACCCCGAACAGUUAAACGGUUUCGGAUUAUAACUUGAGAAUGCUCGGGCCUAGGAUCAUAAACUUUGGUACACAGGUGUAACAUUAUGAAAUACAGGUCAAGUUUGACUUUGAGGUCAGUAGAUAAAGGAUCAAAGUCAAAAUGACCCAGAACAUAUCAACAGUUUCCGAAUGAUAACUUGAGAGUGCUUAGGCCUAGGAUCAUGAAAGUUGAUAGGGAGGUUGGUCAUGAUCAGCAAAUGACCCUUAUUGAUUUUGUGAUCAGUAGGUCAAACGUCAAGGUCACAGUGACCCAGAACAGGUAAACCGUUUCCGGAUGAUAACUUGAGAACGCUUGGGCCUAGGAUCAUGAAAGUUGAUGGGAAAGUUGGCCAUGACCAGCAGAUGACCUCUAUUGAUGUCAAGCUCAGAGUGACCCGGAACAGUUCAAUCGUUUCCGGACAAUAACUUGAGAACGCUUGGACCUAGGAUCACGAAACUGAAUAGGGAGGUUGAUCAUGACCAGCAGAUGACCCCUAAUGAUUAUGAGAUCAGUAGGCCAAAGAUCAAGGUCACAGUGACCCGGAACAGUAAAACCAUUUCCGGAUGAUAACUUGAGAACGCAUUGGCCCAGGGUCAUAAAAGUUGAUAGGAAGGUUGGCCAUGACCAGCAGAUGACACCUAUUGAUUUUGAGGUCAAAGGUCAAGGUCAAAGUGUCUCGGAACAGUUAAAUCAUUUCCUGAUGAUAACUAGAGAACGCUUUGGCCUAGGAUCACGAAACUUAAUAGGGAGGUUGAUCAUGACCAGUAGAUGAACUCUAUUGAUUCUGAGGUUAGACUUUGACAUUGGCUUACUUCUGUGACAAGGUACUGUGACAAGGUACUGUGGGGGUAUUAUAUAUCAUCACUCCUAUGACAGCUCUAGUUAAGAGUAUAGAAUAAUUAGAAGAGGUGCACUGCAUAAAACCAUAACUAUACCACAAAUACAUUUUGAAUUAUCUUGCUAAAAGUAAGUUAAUUUUUUCUUUUCCAGAUAUAUAUUAAAAAAUCCAUUUUAACUGGGUUGGCUGAAGCAUUGGUCUACAGUACCUCUUUAAAUGGGGGAAAUUUGAAGGUAAUAGACAGGCAGCUGUUCAAAUGUUGGUUGGGGACUUAAUUAUUUUGGUAUGAAAGAAGUAAGAUUUGGGUCAGUGAAGUCAAGGUCACUUUUACUAUAUGCAAGUUUUUGUCAUUGAUGUCACCAGUUCUGGUGUAUAGCAAACUUAUAUAAAUACCUAACCUGGAACUUACUUGGGCCACUGAGGUUAAAGCCAAGCUCAUUGAUAAAAAAAUCCAUUUAAUUCUAGACAGAAAUGUGAUAUUGCAAUAAAACUUGGUUGUUGGUAGCUUACACAAAAAUUAAGAUUCUGUUGAAACCACUAGGCAGUAGGGGAAAGCCUUUUGAAUAAAACAAGUCAAAAAAGCAAAAAAGAAUGAUUUUACUUCCCAAUCUGGAAUCAGGCUCCUAUUACUAUGUUUACUAUCAAGAAGAAGUGGAAAACCCAGUGGUUGACUUCCAGAACAGAAAGUUUCCCCUACUGAUACGUAAUGUUCAAUUUUGAUAUGCAGCAGGUCUAUUCAGUAUGACAGAUACACUGAGGUGUGUAUGUCCAUUUACAGUGAAAGCUCUUGUUUUUACUAUUUUGUUUUAAUAUGUGAUUAUAUUCAGAGCAUAAUUGUGUAAUUCCAUGUAAAUAGACACUUAUUUAUUUUACCAGUACAUUUUUGUAUAUAUGUAGAUUUUUGGCAGAUUUCUUCUCUUGUUGAUACAUGCAGGGGUGUUUUUCAUCAAACGGCUACAUGUUAUAUUUGUUAUAGAAUUUUUAGUCUGUUUUAUUUGCAAUUUCAUUAAAACAUUAAAAACUGACAUACAUAGCAAAAUCAUAGAAAUAAAUCCUACACAUAAUCAAAGCAGGAAAUAUGGAUAUAUUUUGUCCAAUAUUGGACUAUUUUCCUUCUUGAAAAUGAGGUAAGGACAUCAGAGAAGCAUUUCAGACACUUAAAGACAUAUAAAUGACAUCAGGAUGAAUAUGAAACCGAACAAGAAGUUGUAAUAGAAGGACAGUUACAUAUUUAGUGUGAUGUACAGAAUAAAACUGAAUUGAUAACUAAUUUUUAGCUUGACUAUACCAAGUAUAUAGAGAGCUAUCCUACUAGACCUAACAUCGGUGGUGGCGUCCACACCUUUGUUAAAAGUUUUGAAGCACUUUCUCUUUAUCUCUGUAAAUACUUGACUGAUUUGUUUCAAACUUAAAGUAGUUUUUCCUCAUCAUCGCCUACAUCAAAUGACACAAGGGCCAUAACGCUGGCACAAAUAUUUCUUGAAGUAUUCCCCUUUUCUACUUAGAAUUUCCGUUUAAAAUUUUGAUGCACCAUCACCUUUAAAUAAUUAUUUCUCAUCAUCACCCACAUCGUAUGACAAAAGGGCCAUCAAUAUGGCAUCAAUAUUUCAUGAAUUAUGGCCCCUUUUUACUUAAGAUUUUAAUUUUGACUUUAAUUAUAUCAUUGUUAUUUCUGAAUGGAUUUGAUUCAAACUUUCACAUUAUCACCCAUAUCAUAAGUCUGUAACACUGGCUACAAUUUUUCAUGAAUUAUGACCACCUUUUAGCUCACCUGAACUUAGUUCAGGGUAAGCUAUUUAAGUCUAGGUGGCUGGUCUAUCGUACUGCUUCCUGCAUCAACACUUUUACUUAAAAAUCUUCUCCUCUGAAACUACUGGUCAGAAUUACACCAAACUUGGUCAGUAGCAUCCUGGCAUGAACCUCUAUCAAAUUUUUUCAAAGGAUUCAACUUGGCCCCUUUUAGGGGCAGCCAGAGCUAAAAAUAAAAUAACCUUUAAAGAACUUUUUCUUGUGAACUGCUUGAUGGAUCCUCAUCAAACUUUGGAAGUUGCAUCAUUAUAAGGUCCUCUCCCAAUUUUGUUCAAAUGGGGGCACUUGGCCCCUUUUUGGGGCGACUAGAUGAUAAAAAUAGAAAUACAUUUAAACAACUUGUUCUCAUGAACUGCUAGAUGGAUCUUCAUCAAACUUGGUGUGUAGCAUUGUUAUAAGGUCCUCUCCCAAUUUUAUUCUAAUGGGGAUGAUUGGCCCCUUUUAGGGGCUACCAGAGCUAAAAUUAGAAAUGCCUUUAAAUGACUAAUUUUCAUGAACCACUCUAUGGACCUUCAUCAAACUUUAUUUGUAGCAUCAUUAUAAGUCUGGAACUUAAAAUAGAAAUACCUUUAAAGACUUCUUCACAUGAACCACAUGAUGGAUCUUCAUCAAACUUGGCCUAUAGCAUCAUUAAAAGGUCCUCUCCCAAUUUUGUUCAAACAGGUCACUUAGCUCCUUUUAGGUGACAGUAGGUAGAGCUGAAAUUAGAAAUACUUUUAAACGACUUCUUCUUAUGAACAGCUUCAUGGACCUUCAUCAAACUUUGUCUGUAGGAUAAUUAUAAAGUCCACGCUCAGAUAUAUUCAAUGGGGGUAGUUGGCCCCAUUUAUGGGCCGUUAGGGCUAAAAUUAAAAUUACCUUUUCACGACUACUUCUCACGAUUAGCUCAAUUGAUCUUCAUCAAAUUUGAUCUGUAGCAUCAUUAUAAAAUCCUCUUUAAAAUUUGUUACCCACCGUCGAAGGCAGAGGGAUAUGGUUUUGGCGUUGUCUGUUCGUCCUUCCGUCUGAACUUACAUUUGCGUACUUAGAUGGCUAUAGGAACAAUAGGUAAAUGCACUUUUUCUUUGAUGUCAUUCAUUCUGUAAGCUUUCAUGUGGCUAUUUUUCUUUUACGUGGCUAAAGGAACAAUAGAGAGAACAAAAGAGUAGCCACAUAAAUACCCGUAUGUAGGAACUUCCAUCUGUCCGGAGCCAUAUCUAGGAAAUGGUUGGAUAUAUUUAAAUAAAACUUCAUAUACAUGUUUACCACUAUAGGGAAAUAUGGCCCAUCAAGUUUCAGUCAGAUAGCCCAAGUAACACCAGAGUUAUGGCCCUUAGUGUUAACUAUAUAAGGUACUGUAAGUAUGGCAAUUUCUGCUUCAUAACUUAUGACAUAUUUGACCUAGAACUAUGAAACUUAAAUUGAAUUUUGAUCAUAAUGUGGUAGCACACACACACUUUUGUCAAGAUCUCUAUUAGUAACUUUAGAGUUAUUGCCCUUUAAUUGUUCGGUAGAAUUUCAUUAAACUUCUUUCAUUCACCUUCCCCCAUUUCAUUGUUGUAACUAAAAUAAAAAUAGAAAUACCUUUAAAUAACUUCUUCUUAUGAACUGCUUGAUGGUUCUUCAUCAAACCUUGUCUGGAGCAUCAUUAUAAGAUCCUUUACCAUGUUUGUUCAGUUAGGGGCACAUGGCCCCAUUUUGGCACCACUAGAGCUUAAAAUAGAAAUAUCUUUAAAGUACUUCUUCUCAUGAACCGCUUGAUGGAUCUUCAUCAAACUUGGUUUGUAACAUCAUUAUAAGGUCUUAUGCCAGAUUUGUUUUAGGGGCCGUUAGAGUUAAAAUAAAAAUACCUUUAAAUGAUUUCUUCUGAUGGUUAUGUGUUUUUGGUGUGUGACAGUGAAAUAUAGAAUAAAACUUUAAAUAACUUUUGUUUUAAUGAACAUCAUAAAGGAUUUUCUCCAAACCAAGUUAAAAUCAAAGUCAGAUGGUUAAGAUUUUCUUCAGGUGAGUGACUUAGGUCCAUUUGGGCCUCUUUUUACUUAUUUCAGGUUAAAAUUUAGAUGCACUUUCUCUCUAGCUCUGUUAUUACUUAGUGAAUUUGAUUCAGACAUAAAGCAGUUGUUCCACAUCAUCACCCACAUCAUAUGAUGCAAGGGCCAAAACUAUCACACCAACAUUCCAUUAAUUGUCCCCCCUUUUUACUAAAAAUUUCAGAUUAUAUGUAGAUGCACUUGCACUUUAGCUCUGUUAUUAAUAAAUGGAUUUGAUUCAUUAUCACCCGCAUCAUAUGACACAAGGGCCAUAACUCUUGCACUAAUAUUUCUUGAAUUAUGCCCCCUUUUUUACUUAGAAUUCAGGUUAAUGUUGAUGCAAUUUCACUAAAUCUUUGUUAGUACUUAAUGGAUUUGAUUCAAACUUAAGUGUUCUUCCACAUCUUUGUCCUAAUCAUAUGACAUAGCUCUGGCAUAAAUAUUUUAUUUUAAUUAUGUCCCCCUUAUACUUACAAUUUCAGUUUAAUUUUGAUGCUUUUGCACCAUCUCUUGAUUCAAGCUUAAAUGGUUAUUCCACUCCAUCACUCGCUUCAUAUGACACAAUGUCGGUAACUCUGGCACCAAUAUUUUAAGAAUUAUACCCACUUUUUACUUAGAAGUUUAGGUUAAAGUUGUGACACACUUUCGUUCUCUCUCAGCUAUUACUAAGUGCCACAUGAUAUGACACAUGGUGCAUUACUCUUGCAGAAAUAUUCCAUGAAUUUUGUCUGGUUUUGAUACACUUCCGCUCCAUCUUUGUUAUUAUUAAAUACAUUUGACUCAAUAUCUUCAUCUAUUUUUGAGUCAUUAAACACUACAUGUGAUAGCUCCCACUUUUUCAAAUGUGCCCUUUUUCACUAUCCAUCAUGGAAAUAGUCCAGCUUGCUGUCUCUUUUGACAGCUCUUGUUUAUCCUUUAUUUCUCUGGUAGAAGAGGAAGAUACCGUCAAACAAAGUAUGCCUUUGUUUAUAAACACAAGACCAGAGUUAUGGCCCUUGAAUAUGUAAAAAAUAUGCAUGGAAGGACUUUUAAGUUUGUGUCAUACAUAUCUCAAAAAGUAUUUGACCUGAAGGCAGGAAACUUUAUAGGAAUAUUCUUCAGAAUGUGAGGUUUUGCCCCUGGAGUUUUUAGCUGUAGCACCCCUAAACGAGGUCAAGAGGAACUUGGUCUUUAGCAUCAUUACAAGGUUUCGAUCCAAAUUUAUUCAAAUGGGGCACUUUUCCCAUUUUAGGGGCCCUUAGAGCUAAAAAUAGCACAACCUUUAAACAACUUCUUCUCAUGAACCACUUGAUGGAUCCUCAUCAGACUUCAUGAAAGACUUCAUAUUGAAUUUAUUAAACAUGUUGAAUGAAAUAAUUAAACGGGUAGGCUUUCAAUAAGUUUGAUAAAUUCAGUGUGGAAUGGCACAAAUGCAGUCUUCUUAUCACUUGUUACUUUGUCGUGCUGAAACAUCAAAAUUUCUUCUUUCUUUGCCAAUUAUAGACCAAGUCAUUUCCACCAACACUUCCUAUACUUAAAACAAAGUCAGUGUCAAAGCUUUAUUAACACUAGUUUAAUACCAAAAUUAUGUAGUGACUUUAUUGUCAAAGGUGAUAAAAUGCUUGAAGAGUUGUUACCUCCCUUCGACCAGCAAAAUAUCCAGCGUUGUUAAUUAACACUCUUCGUAAAUAUUUUACGAGAUUAUUGUGAAGGUUAAACCCAUUAAAAAGCCUGAAAGUAGUGCAGUAUUUUCAAUUAAAUUUGAUGGCCAUAUGUUAUUUAGAUGAAAAGAAAUUUUAGACAUGCAUUCAACAAAGAUCUUCAUAAUGUUUAUAAAUCUUUACCUGUAUAUCUUGUAGAGCUUUUGAUGUUAGGUACUAUGUCAUAAGUUUUGACAGACACCUUUAAAACUUGUCAAUUUCAAUCUGUUUUCAAACUCCACACUUAGGCCUAAGUGAUUUAUAAGCCAGAGAAUUACCUGGGGCCUUUUGAUCUGGUAAAAUGAAUACCAUAAAUUGAGUGAUUUCAGCAGAGAACAUAAAUACCCUCUAGUGACUUUAUUCAAUAAACUGACAUAUUUUUUGUAGUUAGGAAGUGGCCUGAAGUUAAUUCAGGCCUUAACCCUUAUCCUGCUAAAUUUCUAAAAUGAACUUGUCUGUCUUUCAAUUUGGACAGUACCAUUAACUGUAAAAAGGGAUGCUUACCAAAAAUAUACUGACUGAAUGGCAAACAGUGCAGAUCAUGAUCAGACUGCAUGCAUGUGCAGGCUGAUCAUGAUCUACAUUAGUCGCAAAGGCAGAAUUAAUCGUGUCCAGCAUAAUAAGGGUUAAGGUUAAAUUGUUUUCUCUUUUCUAGCACUGCUUCAUUGUUGAUAAUAGAGAAUUUGCAAAAUUAGUUUGAAUGUAUUCUUGAUUUUAUGCAAGUUUAUGAAAUAUGUAUUAAUGUUAGGUUUACAAAGCAAGAACCUCACACAGAAAUUGUAUAGACAGAUUGAAAAUAAAAACAUCUAACUAUAA